AUGGCUAUAGCAAAUUAUUCACUAGUGACUGAGUUUAUCCUUAUAGGACUGACAGAUCAGCCAGAGCUCCAGCUGCCCCUCUUCUUCCUAUUCCUUGGCAUCUAUGUCAUCACUGUAGUUGGGAACCUGGGCAUGAUCUUAUUGAUUAGACUCAGUUCUCAUCUUCACACCCCCAUGUACUAUUUCCUUUGCAGUUUGUCCUUCAUUGAUCUCUGUCAAUCAACUAUCAUCACUCCCAAAAUGCUAGUGAACUUUGUGUCAGAGAAGAAUACUACCUCCUACCCUGAGUGCAUGACUCAGUUAUAUUUUUUCAUCAUUUUUGUAAUUUCUGAGUGUCACAUGUUGGCUGUGAUGUCAUAUGAUCGCUAUGUUGCUAUAUGUCAUCCCCUUCUUUAUAGUCUUAUGAUGUCCUAUGAGAUGUGCUCGUGGUUGGUGAGUGGGGUGUAUGCACUGGGCCUCACCGAGGCCACAGUUCACACAGGCUGCUUGUUUAGAGUACUCUUCUGUAAGGAAAAUGCUAUCAAUCAUUACUUCUGUGAUCUCCCUGCACUCUUGAAGCUCUCUUGUUCUAGUACCUAUGUCAAUGAAGCCUUGAAUCUGGCCUUCAGUUCAUUUAAUGUCCUUUGCCCAACUCUGAUCAUUAUUUGCUCUUAUGUCUUGAUCACUGCUAGCAUUUUAAAAAUUCAAUCCACUGAAGGCAGAUCAAAAGCCUUCAGGACCUGCAGCUCCCAUAUUGUAGCAGUUGGUGUCUUCUUUGGCUCUGGUGCAUUCAUGUACAUGCAGCCAUCUUCAUCUAGUUCCAUGGAUCAGGGGAAAGUCUCCUCUGUCUUUUACACUAUUAUAGUGCCCAUGCUAAACCCCCUAAUCUACAGUCUGAGAAAUAAGGAUGUCAAAAUUGCCUUGAAUAAAGUUAUAGAAAGAACAUUCCAGUGA